AUGUUCAUGACAUUGAAAUGCAGCCGGGGAGCGGAAGGCGGUAUCAAGCACGUUGACACAAGUGGCUCUUUCAACCGGCCACGAGAGUAUUAUUCAAGCAUUGCAUGCUCAACUUGUCGCAGUAAAAAGCUAGGAUGCAGUCGAGAAAAGAGUGGUUGUCGCCGAUGCCAAAGUCGGGGCGAGCUUUGUGUGUAUGAGCCUCCACGACACCGCGGCAAGAAGUCACAAAAACAGUCGACGCCCCCUCCAAAUACAGAAAGCACACAGAGUCCCAGGGAUGACCCAGUCAAUGCAAGUCCGGCACUUCAGCCGACGGCAAUGGUACCUGGAAACACAAUUCGUGCAACUGUCGCCGACUCUUGCGACCAGCAUGCCACUGUCAACCUCGCACCUCAACACCUGAGCGCAGACGCCGCCAAACAGUCAGCCAUGACUGAGAGUGCCUACUCGUCUUGUUCAGAUUCUGAUUUUCUGUCUGUCGACUUUAUGCCAGAGCUCAUCAAUUUCUCUGACGAUGUUCUUAUGCCUUGUCUUCCGGAAACACCACAAGCCCCCCGAAUCGAAUACAACGGGUCAUAUCAGCCCAAUGCAUCCGCGUUCACCGUUGAUCCCUUGUCAUACGAGCCUACCAAUGCAAGCAAGAAAGUGCCUGGGAGCCCAAUGGAUCUGGUCUCCCCCAUCGCAGUGUCUUCCGGUCUAUCACGGUCGGCUUCGGCUUCUGAGCAGAUAUACGACGAAGAGAAUUGUGAUUGUACCGGCAUAGCUCUUCGCUUACUCGAGGAGACCAUCUCUGCACCAAAACUUGAUGAAUGGCAAGGCACAGAGAGGAAGUUGUACUUUUUGAAGACUGCCAUCUCAGAGUGUGCUGCCCUCUUCGAGUGCAGCUGCCUGCAACACGACUCGGGUUUGUCCAUGCUGGUCGUUGUUGUGUACGAAAAACUGCAGUUCUUCUUUGAAGAUAUUUCCGAGUCCACAGGACAUCGCCUGGACCAGUCAAGAAGCAAUCCUCAAGCAUCACCUGGCAACUGGGGCCGGUCACACGUAGGCCAGGAUGAUGGUAGCCAAGGCCGUCAGAGAUUACACUCCCAGCCGCGGCCAAACCUGACCAUCGGCCACUACCACAUUGACACACGGGAAGAACACUUCAAUGUUAUGUCUGCGCUUGUUCUUCUCCAGCUCCGCCGACUGGCAGCUCUGGUGUCGAAACUGAAACGCAACGCAGCAGACCGCGAGUGGAAUGCGCAUGUUUCUUUAUUACGAAACUUGGUGCAUAGAAUGAAGAGUUUGUCUGCGACUCUUCAAAGAUGA